AUGCACAGAGAGCACAACAAUGGAGCCGACGAUGCUCAGUCAGAACGGCAGUCUAGUAUCACCGACUCCCGACGCAUCUACGUCAAUCGACAAGCAAGACUUCAAAUACAGAACCGCCAAUUCAUCGACGAGCUAUGCGCACCAGCCUUGGAAGACGUUGGCAACUGCAUUCCUGCUACGUUGUUGAAUACAGUCCUUCACGGCGUGGUCGCAGCGACUCGUCUGUCAGAUGAUACUGUUGAACCGUUCCGACAGAUCAUCUCAGAUCGAAUCACCAGCUCUCAGAAUUUCGGAAACUGGCGGCACGACAUCGACUCCGAAUGCGCAUCCAUGGACGACUCUCGACAAGUCGGAUUGCUCGCCCUGGCGAUUGCGCAUCUGGUCCACCAGUCGCGAAGCGCUCGCCAGACCCCGAGAGAGGACCUCGAUGUCAUUUGGUGGAUGAUCCAUGAUGCGCUACAAAGCCCGGUGAUGCAGUCGGCUUAUCUGUCAGUCAAUCGCAGUGCGCAAGGCUUCCUCGCCAUCCCGCUCUGUAGCAUCUUGGAUGAUGGAAAAAUCGUCAUCCUCUUCCGUUUGCACGUCUGGCUGCCGGAUGGGCAAAGAGGCGCGCCAGGCUUCGAAGUUCACUCACAUCAGCCGUUCGCGCAGAGCUGGGUUCUGGCUGGCCGGGCUCGCAAUUAUGCGUAUGAGGUCAAGCCAUCGUCGGACGAAGAACAGGCUACGCACGCCAGAUACGCGCUGGAGUGGACGUCGGGAGCUGGACUGGACACGACCUAUAAAACUCAUCAGAUGUCUUCGAAAUCCGUCAACACCGGAGAGUACGUCGUGGCGGAGCCGGUUAGCGAUUCUUUGAACCAAAACGGGUCGAGCUACACCGUACCUGCUGCAGCAUUCCACAGCACGACGGUAGAGUCUGACAGGCUGCACGCAACGCUCUUUCUCUUCGAUGGGACGCAGGGCUUCGUCAAAGAUGCCCCAGUUUUGGGACCGAAGGAUGCCGAGUCGAAUACGCAAGUCCGCGAUGCCGCUGGCGUGUCUGCUGUUGAGCUCGCCACGAUGGUAGAGGAGAAGCGGUUGAACGAGCUCUUUCCAAGCAUAAUGGAGUUCCUUUGA